AUGCUCCAUGAAUCUUUGCAGCAGUGGAGAGACAAGCCAUGGAAAUUACGCACAAAGCAUGGUGCCGCCAGGGCUGCAAGACUCCUAGCAGAUCCCGGUCACUUUGACGGGUGGAUCUCGGAUUGUAUUGCAGUUUCUGAGGAGGCCUUUGAUCAAACACCGCGUUGUUCCCUUGAUGAUCACAGUUUUGAAACUGACCAUGAGCGACAGAUUUUGAAGCCAUUGCCACCAGCAUUGUGCAGAUGUGAUGAUGACAUCCCAGCGCCAACCUUCACCAGGAGUCACGAUGAGCCACCUGCUGACAAUCGUGCUACACCCUGGGAUGCUGAUCCAAAUCUCUUGCCACCCUGGUGGUCACAGUUGCGUUCAUUGCAUGAUAGGCUUGGUGUAACUGAAUGUCUCGAGGAAGGCAAGGUCAUCUAUGUUUGCUCGUGGUAUCUACAUGGACACAAUUUGCGACGCUGUCGCCAACAUCGGGUCCUACGUUUGGACCCUGAUUGGACGACGUGGCUUGACAUCAUCAAGGAGACGUGGCAAGAUCUACUCGUUAGAGAACAACCAGUUGAAUUUGGCCUUGUUUCGCCUCAUCCUCCAGCUCAGGUUUUUCAAGGUCAUGUUGCACAUUUGAUACUCAGCCAAGAUUUAGAUCAUGUGGCUGCGCCCGCUGGCAUAGUGUCUGCGAUCUACCGAUGCACUGGUGGGGACAUUAUUGUUCAGAAUGCCCAUGUUCUUCCAAUGACAAUCUCGAAAGAAGAAACCAUUGAUCUCAUUCCAGCUCGACCACAAUGUACGAUUCGUCAAUGUGAAGUGCAAGUUGGAGAUACUCCGGCGCAGGGAGAUGAUGCAAUCCCAGUUCCGGACUACACUUCCAUUGUUCUGGAUAUUUUUCCAUUGGCUGAUGAUGUGGAUGAUUUCACUUCAUUCAUGGCAGCUGGGAAUCGACUUCGACCACAGUCGAGUGAACCACACCUCAUGGACAGACCUCAUCUUGCACGUCAGGAAGAAGAGCAUGAUGAGGAUGUACCAGAUACCAAUAGUACUGAGACUGAAGAAGACCUUGCGUGGAGCCACUCAACUGUCUUUUCAGUCCAUGCACCACCCAAUGAAGGGUAUGUGAAUACGGUACAUGACACCAAUGGACCACUCACAAGAAGGAAUGUUGCCAGAUUGGCAGGCUUCAGUCUUGAGGACCUGCAGAUGGUCCACAGCAUGCCAGUUCCACCACGAGAUUUGCGUGAAAGAGGAAUGCGAGCCUUUCUUGCACAGCACCGUGUUGGCCUCGUCCUCAUUGAUGUGGAAUUUCAUCCUCAACCACCGUCAUGGGAUGUGGUCAGGGCUCGAUGCCCUAUCUAUGUUCCUACUGUGCUUUCUCGUCACCAAAUUUUGCGAGCAGUGGACGUGUACCUCUACGCACAGUUUGUGCAAGACACAUGUUUGGUCUGGCACAAUGAUGAACUGAUACGACAAGACCAAGGGCUUUAUGCAAGAAUUUAUCAUGGUGAUUACUUGCGCAUUGCUCUGCCUCCGCCAUUGACUCCUAUGCCAAAUGUGCCGACCAGAUGCAUCGCAAGACUUCUGCAGAUGGGGGUGGCCGAGCAGGACAUUGAGGCAUUUUACUGGAUCUCGGAUGUUGACAAUGAUCUGACUUCCAUGCCUACAGAUUUUUCUGUCAUAGAGGACGUGCAAUCCUCUGAUGGUCCAUCUCCAAGGUCACCGGGAUCAAGCUCUGCCAUGAAUCUUCUCCAAGUGGCUACAACACGUGUCAGCAAAGGCAAAAUCAUAGAGCAUCAUCGCUGUGAGGACUUUGCGGCGCUCCGCGCUCAAUAUUGUGCGCAAAGUGGAAACCAUGAUGACGCCACUGCAAUCCCUGGGCAAGAGCAAUUACCUUGGUUUGAAACUGAGUUAAGACCGCUUUGGCACGCCCAUGCAGUUCCAGGCCCUGGAGGCAUGGAGAGAUUUGUCAAGGUCCUCACUUGGUACAAUGACCAUCAUAGACAUCAGAUUUGUGCUCAACCGCGUGAAGUGCAACUCUUUGAUGAUCCAUGGGAAUGGAGAGCUCUUCUGACACGAGCAUGGAUUGACCAGGUCGACUCAGCUGCUGACGUGCAUAUGUUUGCGGUCGAACCUCGACCGCUGUAUGGUGCGGAGGACAUUGUGGCCCACGUCAUAUUGGUCCAAAACCCUCCUGUUCAUUUCAAGUCUCUUCACGUGGCUGUCUUGGAUGAUGGUGUUCAGCAGGGAUACCCGAGGCAAUGGGUACUUAUCAUGCCUACGCUUCUGAGAGCUCACGUGGGUAUUGGCAUCAUGGGAUAUAGUGCACUUUGCCAUGGAACAUCACCGGGCGCAGUUUGCAGCCUGUGGCAUGGAGAUAGAGAAAUUGAUGCUGCAGUAGACUUUGUCGCUAUGCAUGGUAAUGCUUUGACGCUCUACGUGCAACGGCACCGAUGGCCCAAUGAAGUCACCCCUUUGGAGAGUGACAACUUGUUGAAGACAAAGGCCAUACGCAAGGCUAUUCAACUUGAACUCCUUGUCCAUGAUGAUGCACCUGAGGUACAGUCCUGCGUACAACUUUUUGCUGGGGUUCAAUUCUUGCAACUCCCUGACUUCAUCGAAAUUUAUGGUGAACUUGAUCAGGCAGCAGUUGAGACAGAGCUCAGAAACUGGGGGCAUGAUUGCCGCUGCGUGCUUUUCAAAGAGUUUCGGGUGGCUGUAUGCUAUCCUGCAGCGAUUUCAAGAGCUUCCAGACCUGCGGUUCAUCUUUAUUUGCAGAUUGACCCUGACAUAAGAGCACAGUCCAUUGUCGACACAGAAGUUCUGGCAAGCACUGCACUGGAGCAUAUGCGUUUUCUCUAUGGCAAAGGUUAUUGGCGAGCCUGCAUCCAGAGUGUUGUCUCUGAUGAGGAAUUCCCGGUCAAAUUGCAUCGCUUUUACAACUGCACUGUUUCGCAAGCCGCUGAGACGAAGGUCAAGUGCCCUCUUCCUUGGCCUGAACGCUUGCCAUUUGCCACAACUCUGCAGCCUGCCUUUGAUGCCACGCGUAUCCAGAGCAGUUCUUCGCAGUGUAAGGUUAGCAUGGAGGGAGACACCUGGGCUUUCUUGGUCCUUGCUGAGGAGUACACUGACGCUCCACAACCAAAAGUGAAUUUUGUUGGAUGGUCCGCACAAUCAGUCCUCUUUGCGCCGGAAGCCCGACAUCAUAUUGGGUCAGACAGAAUCGGGAGUGAGACCAGUGAAAGGGAGGCCUUAUUUUGGUGCUCACUUUGGCGCUUAGCACAGAACCACAACAUUCCGACGACGUUUUGUACUGACUCCAUCACAUCCGAGCGACAAGGAGCUGGUCUCCAUGGUGCGUCUGAACCUUCUACAUCAUUUCGGUUGUUGAGAGCAAACUUUCAAGCCCUGGAGACCAUUUUGACUGAUGAGUUCCUCUCGACCUCACAUGUCAGAGGACAUAGCGGCGACGCAUGGAACGAUCUUGCAGAUCACCUGGCGAAGCAAGAGAGAAUCAAGAGCUUCUACUUGCCAAGACAGGAUGUGGAUAUCCAGCGGUGGCAGAAGUCGCUGCCGUUUCUUUGGUGGGUACUGGCACAGGAUUGCAGCUUGCCACGUUUCCAUGAGGGCUUCUUUGACGUAAGCCCGCCAGCGUUGCCAGCACCUCAACCUUCCAUAGCAGCCCAGCCGAAGGAAGAGCUGAAAGACAUACAGUUCCACAUGAGUUUUGGUUCGGGCAAUGUGGCUUCACUCUAUGCGGGAGAGCAUGGUACGGCUGGCAAAGUACAACUGAUUCGAGAUCAAAUGCUCAGCCUCAAGUUCAAUUUCUUGGGUUUGCAAGAGGCGCGAUGCCCACAAAUUUGCAGCUUGGUAGACAACAUCUAUCGCUUGGGGACUGGAGCUCACAACGGUCACUGGGGAGUUGAGCUUUGGAUCAACCUACAGCAGCCUUUUGCUUAUGUUGAUCAUACUCCCAUUCUUCUAUCCAAGAGUGAUGUAGUGGUUGUGCACCAAGAUCCAAGAAUCCUGAUUGCCAAAAUCGACCAAGCUAUGUGGAGAGCCUGCUUGGUUGUUGCGCAUGUCAAUGUGACGAGCAGAUUGUUGGAGUUGGUGAUCUUGGAGAAUCCAAAAGUACUCCACUUUUUCGGCAAUUUCUUUCCGAAUUUGGACUCUGCCUCCCUUGUACAACAGUUGCAGGUCCAAAAGAAGAAUGAAGUGAGGGCUGAUGCGUCUUCUGACCCUUUUGAUCGACAGAGUAUCACGAGAUCUCAAGUUGCUGCCAGGGUUGCACAGAUCCAAGCCCCACCUUGGGAAGUUGAUAUCGAGUCCCACUUUCAACAGUACAACAGAGAACUCCUGGGUAGCCUCACAAGUUGUUGCCCGAAGAAAAAGAAUGGACCCAAAAAGUCAUUCUUCACUGAUGACCUUUGGAGUCUUCGCAAGCGCAAAAUUGCAGCCAAACGACAGCUUUACAAUGCUUCGGCCAACGACAUCCUUCAGGUCAUCAAAGCGCACAUUGGCCCUACCAAUUUACGCCAAAUGAAGCGCCAGACGUUACCCAUGCUGAAUGAUGAGGUGGCCCGCAUGGCCAACAGACUGCAUCUACACCCUGAUGUCAUGCAAGAAUUACAACAGCAUCUGGAGGAUGAGUCGGCUGCCUUUGACCCAUUUCAGAAUAGCCCCUGUGAGAGCCAACCUCAAGUGGUCUAUUCAGGGCCAGUCUGGAUGGAUGACCUCUGUGUCACUAUGCAAGCUGCCACUGCAGAUGCAGUUAUGGCGAAGGUAUUGAAAACGGAGCGCAUCACAGUGGAGCUGGACGCUGGCCAACCAGAAGCUAGGCAUGUGGAGACUCAGGCUCUCUUUGCCUGUCUUGGAUGCCGCAAAGCGUUCAGGAGCAAAGCAGGCGAGGGAGCGCACAUGUUCAGAUGUCAUGGUGCAAUUUCUUCUUUGCGGUGGCUCUUUGACACCACGGCCUGCCCUUCGUGUUUGAAGGAGUAUCAUUCAUUUGGGCGACUCAAGGCACAUCUGUAUGCAAAUGAAGCUUGCAGACUCAGACUUCAAAACCGACCAGCACUUCCUGCACCUGAAGUAGGUGUUGGAUCCACAGAAAACACCACUCUGGAACGGCGGCUCAAUGGUCUCCUUCCUCCACUGCCAGGACAAGGCCCUCAUAAUCGACCGAGUCCCUUGCGCGACGUGGAGGACUUUGACGUUGACCUUUAUGGGGAGCUCACGGAAUGUCUUCUUCACGGCAACGCGGCUCAGCAUCGGACGGCACUCAUGGGGGUUUUGGAAGAGAAGUGUAUUUCCUGGACCACGUGCCGCCGUACGCUGGAUGCAUUGGUACAUCAUGUCAUGCCCCAUGACUUGCAGGCUUUUGGCUACGCCAAUGUGGAGCAGCUGCGAGCCUUGGUUGCGGAUCUCCUUGACCCGGCACACUGGAAUUUUUUGCGUGCAGCCUUUGAUGAGAAGGUCCUUCCAGAUAAGGCGGAGCUGGCCUUUUUGCUGGAUGAGGACAAUCAGUGCCGAGGACCGCGCGUCCUUAGGGCAGUUUCGGACAUCGCUGUUGAUCCUGCUAUUUGCAUCAGCACAGAGUUCUGGUCCAGAUGCGAGACGAUGAUCGUCUCUGAGUAUGGUGAGUUCAUUGGACCGGACUACGCAAAGUAG